AUGACAUCCGAUUCUCAACAUAAUCAAUUUUUUGCUGAAAUUGUAGAAUCUAGUAGUGAUGAUAAUAAUGACAAUAUAGAUGUAGAUUUAAAUGAUGAAUCAAGUAAUAAUGAUUUAGAACUUGUUCAAGUUCUUUCUUUUUAUUCUAAAACUUUAAAACCUGAAAUUUCUCAUCAUGUUCAUCCAAAAUCAGAUGAUUGGGUUAGAAAUGUAUUAUUUAAUUUGGAUGAAACUAGAUUUAGAAGAACUUUAAGAAUAAAUAAAUCUGUUUUUUUUGCAUUAGUAAAUCAAAUUCAAAAUCAUUCUGUUUUUUAUUCUAAUGCAAAUAAUAUACAAACAGGUGUUCAUAUUCAACUUGCAGUUACAUUAUUUCAUUUAGGAUCUUUAUCAACUAUUUGGGCUAUUUCUACUCAAUUUGGUAUUGCUGAAGGUACUGUACAUUUAUUUAUGGAUAGAGUAAUUACUGCUAUAAGAUCAUUAAGAUCAGAAUAUAUUAAAUGGCCACAAGGAGAUUAUAAAAAAGAAGUUCAUAAAGGAUUUCAUCAAAUUCAAGAAUUUCCUUUAGUUAUUGGAGCAAUUGAUGGAGAAGAAUACCUUUUAGGAUAUUCAGCAUAUCCUUUGCUUACUUUUGUUAUGACACCAUUUAAAGCUCCAAAUGGACUUCAAAAACAUCAACAAAUAAAUUAUAAUAUUAAACAUAGUAAAACUAAAGUUGUAGUUGAACAAGCAUUUGGAUGUUUAAAAGCAAGAUUUUUAUUUUUAAGAGUAAUGAAAAUUAGAGAUCCACCCAAAGGAGUAGAAAUUAUUGAAACAGCAUUGAUUAUUCAUAAUUUUAUAGAAAAAAAUGGAGAUAUAUGGGGACAAAUAGGUUAUAAUAGUGAUAGAAUUGAAAUUCAACCUGAAGAAGAUUCUGAAUUAGUUGAUCAAAUUUUAGAUAUAAAUGAAACAAAUUUAUUUAAAAAAGAAUAUGCAAAAAUAAAAUGA